AUGGACACCACCGACCAACCUCCAGUGUCGGAGCUACUACGAUCGACCGCCGUACCAAUCGCACAGCUUUCGCCCGACAAUGACCGUCUUCCGGGGAACUCUGUUCACUCCAUUGUAACGCUUUUGUGGCCAUACUCGUCGUCCACCAAGACCCUCAGCUUGCUCCUCGCCGAACCCGAUUUCCGCCUUCGUCGAUCAAACGGACAAGUCAAAGUGUUCUUUCACGGUCAAGUCGCCGAGGAAGUUGCAAGAACUCAUAUUGGAAUCGGCGAUAAAGUCUAUCUAAGCCUUGCCGGGUCAAGAUUGACGAAGAACGAUGCGGCGACUCAGACACCCGGUAAAGGCGUCUCGUGGGACGUGCACUUUGAUGCCGCGGCAUUUCUGGAGGUCUGGCGCGACUCCAAACUUUUGUCGACAGUCAAGGUAGAUCGCGAAUCGAAUACACCUCCACCUACGGAUAACAUAGCGCCAAGUACGCCCGCUGCUAAUGGCGGCGCGCAUACAUUCGGACCAUCUGGGUCAACGUCAUGGCAGUCACCGGCUUUUCUAGGGAAGUCUCGGAUUUCGUUCGGCUUCACUGAUCCGGCCAUUGAGCCUUUGGUGGAAGAAGAUGGCUACGUACCUGGGAAAGGACGGAAACGACCGAGAUUCAGCAUGCGAAGCAACGAAUGGCGUGUGAUUGAUGAACCGGAGAGUCCUAGAGACAAAGAAUUACCGGAGGACUGGAUGGCUACAUUCGACGAAGAACUGGAAACCGGAUCGGAUGCAGGCGAGGAACCUGUCGUUCAAGCUAGCGAGGAUAGUGCUAUACCUGCGUCAUCCGCAGACGUCCCGGAAAUUGCGCCAGCUGUGGGCUCUGACGCUUCCAUGGUAGAUGCUGAACCAGAUGCAUCAAUUUCUGUACCAGUUGAGCCAGCUGUACCAGACGCAUCAACUUCAGUACCAGGUGAGCCUGCUGAACCAGAUGCAUCAACUUCUGUACCAGGUGAGCCAGCUGUACCAGAUGCGUCAACCUCUCUGGUAGGUGAGCCCGCUGGACAAUCAAAAGGCGACGACGCGCUGUUUGUCCGCCCUGGCAAUGUUCCGGGAACAAAGCUGGUCGGCUUGGAUCGGAUUUCUCACCUCCCUACGGAUACGCCGCGCUUGCACCCGGUUCCUUCUCCUGGGCUUCCGCUUCCCUCUCCGUUUAAUACUACAUCGAAUAGUUCCAGUGGAUAUUUUGGAUUAGUGGCUGAUACUCCUCCUGUGACCCAACCCAAUCCACCCGCAGCACUUGUCUUGGAGGAGGUGGCUGAGCUAGACGAUUCUGACUUCCUACCCGAAGUGCAACCUCAUGGUGAAGCAACGCACACAGACGAGGAGGACGCUGUAACGGUUUACACUGACGACAUGCAAAUUCUGCCUUCUGACAAACCAUCCGUUCUAGACUCGGCCGAUGGAAUGUCUAGUCCUCAGCCUCCAGGCAAAAUGAUGGCUAUAGAUGCGCCUGUAAACGACGUAGAAUCGGGCACGACAGAGGGGGUGUCCGGUCACUUCGCCGUUGAUUUUGCGCAAAUCUAUUCGCCUCGAGUUCAAACAGCAGAAACACACUUCGAGUCAGAGUCAGUGUCGGGGAUUGAUGAAGGCGAGGCGCGUGCAAGGAUCGAUUCGCACAGCCAUAAAGAGGAACAAGAUCAAAUGGAAGAUGAGCGAUCACCCGAGGACCUGGGCCAGGAGGACGAAGGUGAUCAAGACAAAGCUUCCGAUGGUCGGACUGAGGAGGAUGGAGCUGUUGAUGCACCCGAAAUACAGCAGCAUAAAGAACGGCUUGCCAGCACAGAGUCAUUCUCGCCAAAUGAGAGCCGAGAUAUAUCUCCUAGCCGUUCCCAGGAGUACGAUGAAGAGGACGAAGAGGAUGUAAGUGACGGGAGCGACGAGGAGGCGAGCAACCAUGGAGACUAUGAGUGUGACUAUGGGGACGAUGAAGAUGACCAUAGAGAUGGAGAAGGAUAUGGAUACUCGGAGUCAGAAAUUGCGUCUGACUAUGAGGAGCCUCUCAAAGUUGCACCAAAAAAUACGGAACCUGAAAUUAUAGUCUUGGAUAGUGAUAGUGAGGAUGAGUUAUCUGCCAAGCGGCCAAAUGAUACCCGCGAACGAGAAGCUGAAGGCACACCAAGUGAGGACUCAUAUGACUACGAGGAUCAAAGCCAACUGGGUGAAGAUCUCAUUGAUGAAGCAGACUCCGAAAGCCCGUCUGAAGAGGACCAGGAGAAUGAGCAUGACAUGGAGGAUUAUAACCAAAGUACUGCGCACGAAGUGGAAGCGGAAUCGGAGAGGUCAGAUGACGGCAAAGAGUACAGCCAAUCUGUGGUGUAUGGGCACGCUGUGGAUGAAUGGGAAUCCGAGCCAGAGCAAUCUGAGCCGGAGCGAAUGGACGAAGAUCCACAGGACGGCCUCGAGGAGCCUCACGAGGAGGAUUAUCAAGAACCCCUUGAUGAGGAAUAUGAAACAACGUAUGCCGAACCGCCAUUGGACGCUGAUGAAAAUGGGCCAACUAACGAGCUCGCGGUUGUCCAUGAAUAUUACGAGGAUAUCCAGGCGAUAACAGAAUAUCCAACUGCGCCGAACCUUGAUUCCCUAGACUAUCUGGCGACGAUUUCGGAGUCUGCCGAACGUCUCCAUUCUAUCUCUGAAUCUGUGCAGCCUUCUCCUGACCUGGCGAUCGAUCCUAGUCUGUACGAACUUGGGAACGCGCAGGGCGAGGGUGUACAAGGCGAGAAUAUCAAUGAAGCUGCCGCCGAGGAAUAUCUCAGGGAGCGCUCAGUUGAGGACAAUAAUGAAACCGCAAAUGAGUAUUUGAGAACCGCACAUCAAAGACACCUAGCGUUUCAAUUGGAUGGUGCGACGCCGCCCGGGCCAGUUGUUGAGCCCUUGGAGAUAUCCACGUCCACUCAUCACGAAGGCCGCCUGCUGAUCAUCCCAGGGCCUUCUCAGUCGGUUGCAGGCGAACGAGUUGCUUCAACUGAAGCUUCUAGUCCCAUUCAUGCCUCGCAAGACAUGCUGCCAACUCCAAAUCCGACUCAGGACUCCCCACUGAAGGUGAAAACAGAAGAACAGCAGCAGUCUUUCCUAAGAGACGAGAUAACUAGCGUUCUAGAGGGCGAAGACGCCUCACCAGUUCUCGCUGUCAAGUCAGAGGAAGAUACAACUGCCCAACGCGAAGAAAGCGAGCCCGAAGCGCCUCUGGUUGUCGUGGACAACGAAGUGCCUCCAUUGCUUGACGAUGCCCAGGAGUUGCAAGCUAGCAUCGAAGUCGAUGAAGAACUCGAGGGGAAUAUCGACGACGCUCCUUAUUCCCCAGGAGACCGACGAUGGCCGGGCCUGCGGAGCAAACUUUCCUACUUCGCGCCCCUCGCCACCCUCAUCGACCACUACAACGCCUUAGUAGACACGAUAUCCAUCGCCUCUGAAGUCAAUCCUCCAACCAAAGCCGGCUCCGGCCGCAAAGACUUCAUCAUGACCCUCCAGAUUACAGACCCAUCAAUGGCCGGCGCAACAAUCUACGCGCAGGUCCUCCGUCCACAUAAAUCCGCCCUCCCCUCCCUCCAGGAAGGUGACGCGAUCCUCCUCCGCAACUUCCGCGUCAAAAGCUACGACCACUUCGUCAUCCUCGUCAGCGACAGCACAAGCGCCUGGGCCGUGUUCUCAGGCCCCAACGAAGACGACGAUCCAGACAUCUCCGGACCCCCUGUCGAAUACGGCGUCGAAGAAAAGGACUUCGCUGCGGAAAUCCGCAUCCGUGGGCAGGGAGAGCAGAGCCGAGACGCCGAUUAG